AGCCAUGGCGAGCGUACGGGACUCCCACGAGUUUUGGAGAGAGUUUAUUGAACUUUAUAAGCAGUUUCCAUCAUUGUGGCAAAUAAAAAGUGAAGAUUACAAGAAUAGACCCCUUAAACAAGAAUGUUAUGGGAAAUUGGUGGAAAAGAUGAAAGAUAUCAUCCCUACUGCGACCAAGGCCACAGUGACUAAGAAAAUUAAUUCCUUCCGCACCAGCUACAGGAGGGAACUAAAGAAAGUUCUACUUAGUGAAAAGUCUGACGCAGGCACCGACGACAUCUACCAACCGUCUCUAUGGUUUUACAAUGAUCUACAUUUCCUGCGAGAUCAAGAAAUCCAGGAAGGAGGAGUGUCUACCAUGGACAGCGAUGAAGAGGAAAAUGGAAAUGAAAAAUCAAUGGAUAACUUUGAACAAACUGUCGGGGUAUGCAGGCAGAAUAUACUGAAUGCUGCAGAGUUCUGGCAGCUGGUGCUGCAGGUGACUGGCAUGACAACAGAUGCAGCUGGGAUGUUGGAGGUGGACAUACAUAAGCUUCCUCUGUACGUUUAUAAACAGCUGGAGUACGCCACUGGGCUCGCUAUGGAGCAACUGGUUGCUGCCGCCCGACAGAAAAUGGCCCAGCAACAAGAUGCAGCUGGACGAUUUGACGCAGCUGGACAACAGUUUGGUGCAGUUGGCCAACAGUCUGAUGCAGCUGGACAAUUCGGUGCUGUUGGCCAACAGUUUGAUGCAGCUGGACAAUUCGGUGCUGUUGGCCAACAGUUUGAUGCAGCUGGACAAUUCGGUGCUGUUGGCCAACAGUUCGAUGCAGCUGGACAAUUCGGUGAUGUUGGACAACAGUUCGAUGCAGCUGGACAAUUCGGUGCAGUUGGCCUACAGUACGAUGCAGCAGGACAAUUCGGUGCAGUUGGCCAACAGUACGAUGCAGCUGGACAAUUCGGUGCAGUUGGCCAGCCGUAUGACGCAGCUGGACAACAGUUCGGUGCAGUUGGCCAACAGAUGGAAGGAGGCAAACAGGACGAGUAGGAAGCUGAGCGGAGGAACAUCACGGGAACCUUCCUUGUACAGACAAGUGCCUAAUGUUCCUGUAAUAGUGUGAACUGUUCCUUGAUGUAUGUAUGUAUGUGUGUGCGUGUGCGUGCGUGCGUGCAUAAACCUGACAUCUAGAAGUCACACAACAUGGCUACUUUCAAUAGCUUAUCUUGUAUGAUUUACUCUUAAUGUUGCUGAAGGGAGCAGAAAAAAAAUCGCAGCCAUUUCUGAUAGAUUGCAUACUCUUGCGUUCGUGAUAAGACCAGUGUAGUAUAGAAAACUGGCCACGUAUGUCAAGCAGAGUAUUACCCAACUGCCUUCAGUGGACAAUGUAAACACACACAAUGAGGAAAUUCGACUAGAUCACAGUACUAUUGGAUCGCCUUUCCUUUAUUAAUGUUUUUUUUACUGAGGUUUAAGUUUUUAGCUCGCUUGUAUUUCAGUUUUUUUUAGUUUUUAUUGAAAUUUAGGAAUGUUUUGUUAUUCCAAUAAUGUUUUAGAUAAGAAUUAACCUGUUAAUGUAAACAGGAUAUAUCUUAAUUGACUAAUUUGAAUAAACUUUUAGCAAUUUUUUUAUGAAUCGAUUUGUUG